UUUUGGGCUGCAGCAACCUGCAUCAAACCAAGCACGCACCAUCAUAUCACAACCUGCAGCCAGACUCAGUUCGCCGUGCAAACAUUUCUAGUCUGUGGGGUCCAGCCAACAGACCACUCCUGCGUUCGUUGGAAUUCUCUGACUGACGAUAUCAUAGUUUCCCAUCUGAAGCGUUUCUGCUUCCGUAUCCCUCUCCUCGUUCCGUGUCCGAAUUCCAUUGUCCAUCCGCUACCUAUCCGUAACCAUGUCGGACGCAACCGAAGCCAAACCAACCCCAUCAGCCGAUCAGACUGCCUCUUCCGAACCAAGAUUGGCUCAACAUGAAACCAAUUUAGUCCAGAACCCGUUGGGGGAUCCCUCAUCCGAGGCACCAGCCAGCGAGACCAAGUCUUCCACGGUCGCUGAAACCGCAGCCAAUGCUGCCACCAGUGCUGCCAGUACCGCCUCCGCCGCUGCAACUGGCGUCAAGGACUCUGUCUUUUCCAUGUUUGGAGGUGGUGCAAAAAAAGAGAGAAAAGUCGAAGAAGAUGAGGGUGCAAAGGAUGAGCCAAGCGGUAGUUCCAAGGCCAAAAAAGAAGACGAGGAUGAGGACAAAGCCGAAGAAGAAGAAGCCGAUGUCGAAUUCGAGCCUGUUGUUCGCCUGACGGAGAAAGUCGACACCAAGACCAAUGAGGAGUUGGAGGAACAAGUUUUCAAGAUGCGUGCUAAGCUCUUCAAGUUUGACCGUGAGUCAAGAGAGUGGAAGGAGCGAGGCACCGGUGAUGUUCGACUGCUCAGACACAAAGAAAAUGGCAAGACAAGAUUGGUUAUGCGACGUGACAAGACCCUCAAAGUUUGCGCCAACCACUACGUCACUCCUGAUAUGAAGCUAUCUCCCAAUGUUGGCAGCGACCGCAGUUGGGUUUGGAACGUUGCUGCGGAUGUCAGCGAAGGCGAGCCUGAAGCUCAAACAUUGGCCAUCCGUUUUGGUAACAGCGAGAAUGCCAACCUGUUCAAGGAAGCAUUCAUCAAGGCUCAGCAGGAGAACGAGGCCUUGUUCCAGAAGUAACAAGGCGUCUGCAUCAUAGCGAUCCCGAAAUGUUGUGUUUGUUGAUUGAUAUCCUGCAUGGAAUCUUGGACGAUUCAGCAAUGCGAUGCUUACGAAGAGGCACGAAGAGAGUCAGCGUUGACACCCUUGAUGACACUACCCAUCUCAGCCUUCAAUCCUAGAUAGAGACGGUGUUCGAAGCCACCUCAGCAAUGAAUGAGAUGAAGAAGCAGAGA